AUGAGGGGAUUCACUACCGUUGCUGCCAUUGCCGCCACCUGCGCCGGCCUCGCCCUCGCCGCCCCCGGACCGGUCGGGCAGAGACAGGUGCCCUACGUACCUUGCGCCGGUCUGUACAACGGCGCCCAGUGCUGCGCCACCGACGUCCUUGGCGUUGUCGACCUCGACUGCGGAGAACCCUCCAAGCUACCCACGUCCGCCGACGACUUCUCGGCCGUCUGCGCCGAAAUUGGCCAGCGUGCUCGCUGCUGUGUCCUGCCCAUCCUGGAUCAGGGUGUCCUUUGCCAAACCCCUUCCGGCGUGGUCGACUGA